AACAAUAGAAAAUGAAAAAUUAAAUGAGAUGUACAGUCGCUGUUAUAUAUAUAUAUCGCGACAUCGAUUAUUGUAGAUUAGGUCUGUCCAAUUUCUCUCUCUUCGCGAGUCAUACGAGCCGUUUUUACGCAUGCUCCACUCUCAUUUAACUGACUGAGUCUGCCAUCAUGUCAUAAUCGGUGAAACCAACGCAUAUGAAACACGACUCAUUGUCAAUAAGAACGACAUACGACAAACAGAUUAACAAAUGCGAUAGUGUGGCUCGUGCCGAAGGGAAAAGAAACGAUGAAGAAAAAUAAUACUCAGGUUAAAGGAGACUGGCAUAAUUAUUUGGCAUUUACGUGAUGUCAUCCGUAGACGAGACAAUUACAAUCUCCGCGAGGUCACUGUAGAGCACGACAGACCUAAAUCGAGAAAAGGGCAGUAGUGAUUUAUUGCAGCGAAAUCAGUGCCGUAUUCUACGUGAGAUUGACGGCAAUGACGUAUAAAAAACACAUCAAUGACGCUCAGCCCGCGACGGUUGACGAGCACUUUCAACUGAUCUUGGACGACAGAGAAAUCAUUGACUCUGAGUUCGUCAAAGUAACACCGGAUGAUCUACCUGACUGGUUCGAUGAGAAGUUGUUCAAAAUGUUCUCUUGUUCACUAAACAAAAUGCCACGUUCAAGUUAUCUUACAAGCGAUUCGCCGAAACGGUAUUGCUCAUGUACGCGCUCUUUCGCUUCGACAUGCUCGCCCCAAAUUCAAAUUGGUUCAAUGCGCUGAACGUGAUUCGACGAAGACAUGCGAACGUCAGUAAGAGGCGCGUUCAACAAGGCCUGCAUGGGAUAUACCAGAAGGACAUGGCCAUCACGCAAUUUGGUUUCGUAGGAUUCAUUUUCGUAUGUCCCGAAAAACUGGGACUCGCGCGUAGGACGUACGAGCAGAUGAAAGGUCUCAACCAUUUGUGGCAAGUCACCGGUCACUUGUUGGGAAUAGAUGAUAGAAUAAAUAUUUGUAGAAGAACUAUAAAGGAAACGACGGAACUAUGUAGGAGAAUUCAGAACGAAAUACUGGCAAAACAUCUAGAAAAUCCACGUCCAGAAUUUCUACGGAUGACGAGGAAUAUAACGCACGGAUUGUGGUACGUCGAUAUUUCGAUCAAUGAGGAUGCUUUUCUGGCACAGACGUACGAUCUAACAGGAGUAAAAUACGUUCCAAUUAUUGGUUGGCUGUUACGAGAAGCAUUUAAUUUAAUUCUAGGCCUAACCUACUGGAUUCUAGAAUAUUAUCCAAUAAUACCAAUCUUAGCAUUUGGAAAAAAAGAUGGACAAAUUGUUUUAUAUCCAAAAACAUAGUAUAUAUUAAACAAUAAAAUAACAUAAUGUAAAUGGGGACAAAUACAUAAAUGUACAUAUACAACGUAUUCAGAUUAGUAUUGAAAUAAUAAAGUGGGAUUUAUGCAUAUAGGAUGCAUAUAUGAUGCAUCUUAUAUAACAAGGCAUGUAUGUACCUCGCUUGUGGCGCAGUUGUAAUCUGAAUCGAUAACGUCGCAUGUGACAUGACAAUGGUAAAGAAUUAGCUAGCUCUCAAAAUAAUAAUGACAAGAAAAAGAA